AUGGGACCUACUAUGUGCGAUGGCGCCCCCAUCAGCGCUCCUAGGGGCGGUGGCGGCCCUAAGGGCCCUCCCAUAGGCGGAGGCGCCCUUGAGUGCCCGCCCAGGAGCAGCUGGGGCCCUGCCCUGGGCAGCUUGCCCCUACGGGAGCUACCAAUGUGUGGCAGCGCCCUCACGAACCCUCCCAAGGGCGGUGGCGCCCUUAGUGGCCCUCCCAGGAACGGCAGAGUCCCCAAGGGCCCUACCAGAGGCGACCCUCCUGGGAGCUCUAUAGCUUGGGGCCCUCCCAGGGCAGUCGGCACCCCCAAGGACUUUCCCAGUUCCGGCGGCAUCCCUAGGUGCCUUCUAAGGGGCGUCAGCGCCCUCAAGGGCCCUCCUAGGAGUGGUGGUGCCUCCAGGAAAAUUCCCUGGGGUGGUGUCGAACAAAAACGCCCUCCCAAGGGCAUUGGUGCCCACAGAGGCCCUCUGCGGGGUAUCUGCUACCACAGCGGCCCUUUUAGGGAUGAUGGCAUCCCAGGGGUUCUUACAAGUGAAAUGGCGCCUCCAUGGACCCUCCCAGAUACGUGGUUCCGUUUAUGGACAAUCAUCGGGGCGGCGACGUCCCUAGGAGGCCCUCCCAAGGCCGGCGGCGCCCCCAGAGGUCCUCCAUAA